UCUGAUAAUUGUGAAUAUUUAAAAAGUUAACCAGAAAUUUAUUUCAUAUGACAGACAACCAGCAGCCACCACCACGGACCGCACUUAACGUAAGACGACCAGUAAAAAUACACUGUAACCAGUCGCCCAAUACUAGGACGCAAUCAAAAUAGAGGGUUCUUGAUUGUGUCUCAUAAACGUCACUCUUUGUCAUUCAAAAUAAUUUUAAAAUUUCAUGUUUUGUUUCUUAAGUUUAUUUUUCCAUAAUCUUUUGUACAAACUGAUACGGGUAUCAGGAGAUACGUAAAUAAUAAUCGAAUUCGCCAAGGUCGUUGCAUGUCAUGUACUUGGUGAACUUUGUAUUUUCGGCUGUUUAGAAGUACCAUUUAUGAUCAUUUACCAGUUGAAUUAAUAAUUAUAAUGGCUCACGAGGUUCCUCAAGGUUUAGUUGAUGAAUUGCGAAGCGUAUUCCUUAAGGAGUUGUCUGAGAAAGGCACAGAUGCUGUUCACCCUAAAGACCUGGAAAGGUUCAAAAACGAGGACCACUGGCUACAACGGUUUAUCGCCCAUAACGAUAACGAUAUUCCUUUGGCUUUAAAGAUGGUCUGGGGCUCCCUCACUUGGAGAAAAGAAAAUAAUGUAAAUGAAAUCAGCGAAAAAAAUAUUAAAAUGGACAUUAUUAUCAAAGGCUCGUUUUUUCCUCAUGGCAGAGACAUCGAUGGUAAAACAAUUUUCAUUUUUAAAGCCAAAUUGCAUCAAAAAGGUACUGUCAAUAUGGAUGAUCUAAAGCGAUGUGUCGUGUAUUGGUUUGAAAGGCUUGAAAGGUAUAUUUUUGUCAAUUUUCUUAUUGUUUAUGUAUUAUGGAGUUUUAGAACUGGCAAAGGGGAACCAAUUUCUAUAUUUUUUGAUAUGGAUGGUUGUGGACUUAGCAAUAUGGAUAUGGAAUUUAUUAAAUAUCUAAUUGGGCUGUUUAAAGAGUAUUAUCCCUAUUUUUUGAGCUAUAUACUUAUUUUUGAGAUGGCUUGGGUCUUGAGUGCCGCUUUCAAGGUAAUAAAGUCCUGGCUUCCCGAGAAGGCGGUACAACGCAUAAGGUUUAUCAGCAAGAAGGAUAUAGACACAUAUGUGCCCCUUAAGGAAGCAUUGAGGUGUUGGGGCGGCGAGAACGAUUAUGUGUUCAGCUUCAUUCCGGAAGAACCUGUUAAGACUGUAGUACAUGAAACAAAUUCCAACAAAAAGCAGGUUCAUUUCGUAGAUGGUUCCCCCAUGUCUGAAGCAUCUUCCAAUCACACCGCCGCGGAUAAAGAAGAUGGACCUCUCAGGGUCAACCCGUCCGGCAUCAUCACGUUCGUCGAGGAGUCAAAUGAGCUCAUCAGCACGCUGGAGCUGCGCAACGGGGAUCCAUCCCUGCACCUAUCCUUUAAGCUGAAAACCACCUCCCCGGAAAAGUUCCGGGUGAAGCCCAGCACCGGCUGUCUGCCUCCGGGCGGGCACGUCAAAGUGACGGUCACCCUGCUGCCGGGGUUCCAACUGGGCGGCCUGUCCAAAGACAAGUUCCUCGUCAUGAGCACCGUCAUCGAGGACAAGGACACUAGUUCGCCGGACGUGUCCGAAAUAUGGAAGAACACGGCCAAUCGUAAAGUCUACCAGCACCGUCUUAAGUGUGUCCAGGGUGGUGACAUCGCUAAAAACGGUAGCGUGGUGCAUCACUCGGUCCACGCCGCCGAAGACGAGGCCUUUGCCAAGCUUUCCGCGUCUCUAAAUCGCAUAGCGGCCGCGCAGGAGGAACUUGGCGCCUCUGUGAAGAGAACGCAGCACAUGCAGCUCGCUUUGCUCAUAUGGACCGUCAUUUUGGGCUUGUUCAUCAUUAAUAUCUUCAAUAAGCAGGCUGAUAUCGGUUCCGACCAUUCCUAUUGCGAGGUUCCGCGAGGUCCGUAGCGGUAGCCGUCAGAUGCAGAGCCGAAAGAGGUCACGUUGGACGUCCCCUUGAUUUACCGUGUAUUGUCCAUGCUGGUCUAUCAGUUCUUGUACGUUUUGAGUUUGAUUUUUUAUUAGGGACGUCGGUGAGACGUUUUCGGUUGCUAAAAGUUCCUCGAUUCCGUAUUAUCGGAGCCGACAAUAAUAUCCGCUCGCGGGGAUGGUGUGCGUGUUAAGGCUCUGCAUAAGCAAUUAUUCCAAGUAUUGAUAGGUAUAUAGUUAAAGCGAAUUGAUAAAUAACGCGUUAUUUAGUUUUUUAAAAAAUUGCUGUUUAUAUAUAUAUUUUAUUCCAAAUCUAGUGUAGGGCGAAAUUUCCAAUUUUUUUUUGAGCGUCAUUCCAGGUCCGGGAACGGUGUUUCUACCGCCGGGCCAAUCAAAAACCUUUCGAUGUUGAGUCGUUAGGUCGCGGUAGUUCGUAUGCACCGGUGCUCUCUAAGUAAGGCAAUUAAAACCCUAAUCACUAAGGUAUAUUUAGCUACGAGAACAAUCACGAACUGAUAUAGAGGAGUAGAUUGUGUACAUAACCUUCGCUGUGACUAUUUUUUACAAUAAACUUUGUUCUUACCUGUGUA